AUGGAAGUCGCAAAGGAUCUCAAGCAAAAGGGCAAUACUUGUUUUGCCAAUGGUGAUGUAAAUGGAGCAGAAGCAGCCUAUCUGCAUUGUAUUAAAGUUCUUACGAAUAAUCAACAACAAAAAAAAGAAAAAGAAGAGAUGGAUAGUAUUCCUAGUGAUGAUGCCACACGUCAAUUACUCGCUACGUUGUACUCCAAUCUAAGUAAUGUGUACCAUGUACAGGGUUCCUAUGAUAAAAGUUGGGAAGCUGCACAAAAGGCAACGAACUGCGACUCUACAUUUACAAAAGCCUGGUUACGAUAUAUGCAGGCACGACGAUUAGCUGGAUAUCCUUUUGAAGCCUUUGUAACACUCUUGCGGUAUUUUCGUCCGCUAAUACGAAGACAUAACAGUUCAUCUACUUCAGCAUUGAAUCUAGGUGAUAUAAGUGAAGAAGUGGAGGAACCAUUAUACCGUGAUUUAGGACUUUCUAAUGUCUCUCCGCAUAUAGAGCUACAAGAUUAUAAGGGUGGUGUUGGUAUUGUUGCUCAUAGGGCAAUAAAACCUAAUGAAGUUAUUCUUGUAGAGAAAAGAUUUGAAACUUCUUUUGUAGAUCCAAGUUUAAAUACCCAAGGUGAUUUAACAACACAAAAAAUUGUGGAAUAUUUUGCGAGAAAGAUAUAUCCACACCAACGAGAUCACUCACAGGAAUGGGAAAGAUUUAAGAAAGAGUUUAAAGGUUGUUGGCCACGAUGUCCAGAAGAUAUCUCCAAUGAAACACGAGAGGAAAUGAUUCAUGCUUUACGUGUUCAGUUUCCAGAUAUGAAUGAAAGUGAUUUUGAGGAUCUUUUCUCUUUUGCUGUUAUGUGUCGGUAUAAUUGUUUUCACUCUGGAUUCUUCCGUGCGUGUGCACUCGCAAAUCAUAGUUGUCUUGCAAAUGCAGCUAUGAAAUUUAAUCCUCAACUAAAUACAGUAACACUUAUCGCUGUUCGUCCUAUUAACCCUGGGGAUUUUGUGAAUGUAAAGUAUUUUAGCGAUGCACACUUUUUAAUGGGAGUUGGAAAAAGAAGAGAAUACCUUCGAUCAUGGCUUUUCUGGUGUGCAUGUGAACGAUGUUGUAGGGAUAAUGAUAAUGAAGCCAAAGAAGAGUAUGUGCAAUGUACAAAUUGCCAAAAGUAUACACACUUACCUUUAGUAAGUGAUCCCAAAACGAUAAAUGAUAACGAUGCAUUUCUUUUAAAUGAAAAACCUUGUAUUCAUUGUGGUGAAAUCCAAACAUGGCCAUCAGAGAAAAAACUGAGGGUAUCACACUCAUUGCUGUCCUUUAAUGAGGUUACUUCAAACAUAAAGUUUCCCGAAGUUGCUGAAUGGCUUUUGGUUAAACUUCGUGAAAUUUCCGAAUUUCACGUACACCAUGUUCAUUGGCUUUAUCGUGUUCUCUUCUACUUUUUCUGUGUUCCCGUAACAUCCAUUGUAAACGAGACCUUUGAGACGUUUACUAAACUAGGAUGGAAUUCGUCUCAUAUAGAAGAUCUUUUGCGUGAUUACGGCAUUCGAGAGUUAUAUAUGCAGUCCAUUUCUAAUAGUACAAAUAAAUCUUUUAUUCAAGAAAAAGAAAGACAAGAUACUGAUUAUACUUUGUCUACUCGUAAUACCUAUGGUAAUACUAUUGAUAAUGAUAUAAACAUUGCAUUAAAUACGACUGGCACGGAUGGUGCUUCAGAUAAAUUAACGCCUGAAGAAGUGAGAGGUGGUGAUAUACUUUAUGUAUUGUGUGUAUUGUGGCAACUCAUAUCUCCUUUUUACCCGGAGUAUGAGGGAUGGGCACUACACCGGGCAAUUUGUCAACUCGUGCUGUUUGCACACACACACCCAAAUGAGGAGAGGGCACUGCCAGCCGCUGAGGCCAUGGCACUGCUGCGCUAUCAUGGGAAGUACUUGGGACCCGCAGAGAUUUCAACGUGGAUACAUGCAUACAAUAUGCAUAAACCAACAGGACAACGUAAGGGAUUGCUGACAAGCAAACAGAUAAAGAAAGCUUUUCAGCCUUGA